UGUCCAGGCUGUGUCUGUCUGCUGCUGUCCACACUACUGUCGCCGUCGCUGCCACCGCUACAGCGAAUUGCAAAUAUCUCCAAGAUCUUCACCCCCGAGUGCUGCGGUUUUAAAGAUCCCCAGCAGAUCACAGCAACGCCAAUAUACAGCAGCAGUAGCAACAGCAGUACAACUUUCCUCCCCCUGUGGAGGAACAUCCGAAGAGGAGAGCCUGCUGCCAUGAAGAGAACAGCUGCGGCAACCUCCUUGCUGCUCCUGGCGAGCUCAUCCGGAGCGUCCGCCUUCGUGCAGGGGACCGCGGGACGGUAUCUCCCGUCGUCGGCGUCCACGAGGUCCCCCGCGACAGAAGCAGCAGAGUCGGCGUUUUCAUGUUCCACUUCCGUUCGUCGCGGCCAUGAUCUUGGUAAGGCAGCUGCAGCCGCUGCACUGCUGUCUACCACGGCGAGGAGGAGGGAACCAUCAGCUGAGGCGGCCUUGCGCAUGGGCCUGCUGGACGACCUGCUCUCUUCCAAGGCAGACCCGGUGAGCGCGGCAAACGCGGACGUGCUGGUGUCGUACGAGACUCGCAUAAAGAACAUCAACGCCCUCGAGGACGAGAUAGAGGACCUCACCGACGACGAGCUAAGGGACAAAACGCAGGAGUUUCGCGACAGGCUUUCGAAGGGUGAGGGUUUGGAUGACAUGAUAGAAGAGGCGUUUGCCGUGGUCCGAGAGGCUGCCUGGAGGGUACUGGAGCUACGACACUACGACGUGCAGCUCAUGGGCGGGCUAGCCUUACACGAGGGGAAGCUGGCCGAGAUGGCAACAGGGGAGGGGAAGACUCUCGUGGCGACGCUGCCCUGCUAUCUCAACGCUCUCGCGGAAAAGGGCACCGUGUUGGUGGUGACCGCAAACGACUACCUCGCCAGGAGGGACGCUGAAACGAUGGGCCAGGUCCACCGAUUCCUAGGGCUUAGCGUGGGGCUGAUCCAAUCAACGAUGCCGGAGGCCCAGAGAAAGGAGGCCUACUCCUGUGACGUCACCUAUGCCACCAACCAGGAGCUCGGGUUCGACUACCUUCGAGACCACCUCACGGUUACCAAAGACGGAAAGGUGCAAACGAAGGACUUCUUCUUCUGUCUGGUGGACGAAGCCGACUCCAUCCUCAUCGACGAGGCGCGAACGCCUCUCAUCAUUUCCAGGAGUGUCGACGCCCCCGCCCAGAAGUUCGCCACUUCCCAGAAGAUCGCCAGCGUGUUGGAGAAGGGUGUCCACUACACGGUAUCUGAGAAGGAGCAGUCGGUGGUCUUGACUGACAAGGGCUACGACGACUGCGACCGCAUCCUGGGCAAGUCCAUGUUCGACCCCAGGGACCCGUGGGCGCCUUUCAUCAUCAACUCCGUCAAGGCUAAGGAGAUAUUCACCCGGGACAAGCGACCGUAUGGCACCGCUGCGGCCCGACUGCAAGACUAG